AUGCCUUCGACUCCUCCGUACCGACCGACCGAACCCCCCGAUUCGCCUACCCUCGACUCCGACUCCGACCUCGACCUCGAUCUCCAGGAGCUUGACCCUGUCCCGGCCGAGGCGCCUCCCGCCGGCUCGCGCCGCCCCCUGCCCGCCACCGAGCAAAGCACAUCGAGAAUCGCCUUGCGGAAUCUGCGUAUGGGAGGCUUGCGCCGGGCUCACAAGCGCGGGCGCGGGUUGCCGUGGUCCGACGGCAGCGGCAACGGCGACGACGAUGCCCCCCUGCUGGGAGGAGAAGCAAGAACCCACGCCCGCCGCGAAUCCCGCUCCAGCCUUCGCCUGCCCAGCUUCAUGUCCCCAACGACGAACAAGACGGACGACUGCGACCCCUCGUCGUCGAGGCAGGUCGUCGUCGGGUCUGGCCAAGCCACCCGCUUCCCCACGAAUAUCGUCUCCAACGCAAAGUACACGGCACUAACCUUCUUGCCCAUCACGCUGUACAACGAGUUCUCCUUCUUCUUCAACAUGUACUUUCUUCUCGUCGCCUUGUCGCAGGCCAUUCCCGCCCUGCGCAUUGGCUAUCUUUCGACAUACGUUGCGCCUCUGGCCUUUGUUCUGCUCAUCACCAUGGGCAAGGAGGCUUAUGAUGACAUCGAUCGGCGGAGGAGAGACACCGAGGCCAACUCGGAGGUGUACAGCGUUCUUGGCUUUGGUGACCCCGAAUCGCGCCCUGCCACUCUUCGAGCGCGCCGGCCGCUCAAGUCCGACUCGCUUAGACGUGGUUCUCGGAGAUCAAGAGACCUCAAAGUAGGCGACGUGCUCAAGCUGAGCAAGGGGCAGCGAGUCCCCGCAGACGUCAUCAUCCUGCAAUGCUACACGACAGACGGUGCAGUUGUUUCCGCUGCCAAGGAACCCGCAGAAGAGGAGGUCCUGUUGGCUCUGGAAGAGACCGAUCAGCUGCAAAAGGGCAAGCAGCCCGCGACCGAGACGCUCAAUAACGGGACCGAGACCGGCGCGGGUGGGGAGACAUUCAUCAGGACGGACCAACUCGAUGGCGAGACGGAUUGGAAGCUACGACUGGCCUCUCCCCUGACGCAGAAUCUGCCCCCCGAAGAGUUUGUGCGCCUACGUGUAACGGGCGGGAAGCCCGACAAGAAGGUGAACGAGUUUGUCGGGACAGUCGAGCUGCUUCCGACGCGACAUGAUGCUCUGAGCCAUCAGCCUAUGCUCCCACAAGACGACGAGAGCGCCAAAUCCGCCGCCUUGUCCAUUGACAACACGGCUUGGGCCAACACGGUGAUUGCAUCGCAGGGAACGACCUUGGCCGUCAUCCUGUACACAGGCACGCAAACACGCUCUGCCCUGUCCACCUCGCCCUCGCGCUCCAAAACAGGCCUGCUGGAGUAUGAGAUCAACUCAUUGACCAAGAUUUUGUGCGCACUAACGCUGGCGCUCUCCAUCGUUCUCGUCGCCCUCCAAGGCUUUGAGAAGACCGAGGGCAAUGUGUGGUACAUUAAAAUCAUGCGAUUUCUGGUCCUCUUCUCGACCAUAGUGCCCAUCAGCCUGCGUGUUAACCUGGACAUGGGCAAGAGCGCGUACUCGAGGUUUAUCCAGCGCGAUCCUGGCAUCCCUGGCGCCGUUGUUCGAACCAGCACCAUCCCGGAAGAUCUCGGGCGCAUCGAGUACCUGCUCAGCGACAAGACUGGAACCCUCACCCAAAACGACAUGGAGAUGAAGAAGAUUCACGUGGGCACGGUAUCGUACGCUAACGAAGCCAUGGACGAAGUUGCCGCCUACGUCAAGCAAGGAUUUCAUAUCCAGCCCACCACCGACCCGUCGUCUCGGACGAUGCUCAUCACGCCGUCUUCCACAUACUCCAACGCCGUCAACGUCGGCGCAACUCGCACGAGGAGGGAGAUUGGAUCGCGAGUGCGUGAUGUUGUUUUGGCCCUGGCGCUCUGCCACAACGUCACGCCGACAGUCGACACCGAGGAUGGCCAGGAAGUGACCUCGUACCAAGCGUCGUCCCCCGAUGAGAUUGCCAUAGUCAAAUGGGCUGAGUCGGUGGGUCUGAGGCUCACGAGUCGCGAUCGUAAGAGCAUGACGCUCGAGUUCGCCGACAGCGGGCGACCGGUUGUCCGUGUCCGCAUCCUCGAAGUGUUCCCGUUUACGUCAGACGGCAAGCGAAUGGGCAUCAUCGUCUACUUUCAAGAAGAUCUCAACGCACCAUCAAGCGACCUGAGCAGUGGCGAUAUUUGGUUUUACCAGAAGGGCGCCGACACGGUAAUGAGCUCAAUCGUCGUUGCCAACGACUGGCUUGACGAGGAGACUGCCAACAUGGCGCGAGAAGGGCUGCGGACGCUGGUCGUCGGCCGCAAGAAGCUGUCUGUGCAGCAGUACCAAGAGUUUUCGUCCAAGCACCAAGAGGCCUCCCUAGCCAUUGUCGGGCGUGAAGCCGGGCUGCAGAGGGUCGUCUCGCACUAUCUCGAGAGUGACCUGGAACUUCUCGGCGUGACGGGUGUGGAGGACAAGCUGCAAAAGGACGUCAAGCCGUCGCUGGAGCUGCUGCGCAACGCGGGCAUCAAGAUUUGGAUGCUGACGGGCGACAAGGUUGAGACGGCGAGAUGCGUCGCCGUCAGCUCCAAGCUCGUGGCCCGGGGACAAUACAUCUACACCGUUGCCAAGUUGACCAAGAAGGACUACGCGCGAGACCACCUCGACUUCCUCCGCAGCAAGACGGACGCCUGCCUCCUCAUCGACGGCGAGAGCCUCGCCCUCUUCCUGACGCACUUUCGCCUCGAGUUCAUAUCCAUCGCGGUGCUCCUGCCGACGGUGGUGGCGUGUCGAUGCUCGCCGACGCAGAAGGCCGAGGUUGCCAAGCUCAUCAAGGAAUACACCAAGAAGCGCGUGUGCUGCAUAGGCGACGGCGGAAACGACGUCUCCAUGAUUCAGGCUGCGGACGUGGGCGUUGGCAUCGUGGGCAAGGAGGGGCGUCAGGCGAGCCUGGCAGCCGACUUUUCGAUUGAGCAUUUCUACCACCUGGUCAAGUUGCUCGUGUGGCACGGGCGCAAUAGCUACAAAAGGAGCGCCAAGCUGGCGCAGUUUGUCAUCCACCGCGGCCUCAUCAUUGCUGUGUGUCAGACCAUGUACAGCAUUGCGCUGAAGUUUGAACCCGAGGGGCUCUACAAGGACUGGCUGCUUGUUGGCUAUGCGACCAUUUACACAGCAGCCCCAGUCUUGUCCCUGGUCCUCGACAAGGACGUGGACGAGAACAUGGCCAACCUCUAUCCCGAGCUGUACAAGGAGCUUACGUCUGGGCGUUCCUUGUCUUACCGUACCUUCUUCGUCUGGGUGUUUGUGUCGAUAUAUCAGGGCGGCAUGAUUCAGGGGCUGUCCCAGCUCCUCACCGAGGUGGACGGCCGCAGAAUGGUGGCCGUUAGCUACACGGUGCUUGUGCUCAACGAACUCAUCAUGGUUGCCAUUGAGAUUACCACGUGGCACCCGGUCAUGAUUGUGAGCAUUUUGAGCACCUUCGUUGUCUUUAUCGGGUCGAUGCCCUUCCUGGGGGGCUACUUUGACCUCGAGUUUAUCAUCACAUGGGGCUUUCUCUGGCGGGUCAUGGCCAUUGGGGCUGUAUCGCUCGUGCCUCCCUACGCCGGAAAGCUGAUUCGCAGAGCCAUCAAGCCGCCGUCGUACAGGAAGGUACAGGAUAGAUAG